CGGCCGAGUAACACCUCUGAAAUGCCCGUCCCAGUUAAACUUGACCCUCCACCACCAGCGGACUCAGUCCAGCCUGGAGUCACGACUUCUUUACUUUACAAUGGUUCGAGAUUCCAAGGACACCAAAAAAGUAAAGGGAAUUCUUAUGACGUGGAGGUUGUGUUACAGUACUGUGAUAUGGAAAAGGCGUAUUUAUGUGGAUAUUUGAAAAUAAAAGGUCUAACAGAAGAAUACCCAACCUUAACGACAUUUUUUGACGGAGAGAUAAUCAGUGCUAAGCAUCCAUUUUUAACGAGGAAAUGGGAUGCUGAUGAAGAUGUUGACAGAAAACACUGGGGAAAAUUUUUAACUUUUUUUGAAUUUGCCAAAACUUUUAAUUCUGAUACUUUUGAUUAUGAAGACUUAAAAAAGAAAGAUUUUGUGUUUAUGAGAUGGAAGGAACAUUUUUUGGUACCAGAUCACACGAUAAAGGAUAUUACUGGGGCUUCUUUUGCUGGUUUUUAUUAUAUAUGUUUUACAAAAUCUACUGCUACAAUAGAGGGGUAUUACUAUCACAGAAGCUCAGAAUGGUUCCAGUCGUUGAAUUUACACCAUUGCCCAGAUCGAAGUAUUCCUAUCUAUCAGUUUCGAUAAUUUGUAAACAGUAGUGAUACUGAAAGACAAGAAAUAACCCUGUCUUGAACUGUUUUACCAAGAUUUUAUAUGAUAUUAGAGUUGAUACAUUGUUUAUAGCAUAACAUAGCUUAUCAUCCGACGUGAUAUACAGGCGUUACUUGCUCCUUUGUCAUGAUAUACAGACGUUACUCGCUCCUUUGUCAUGAUAUACAAGCAUUACCUGUACCCAUGUCGUGAUAUACAGGCGUUACCCGUUCCUUUGUCAUGAUAUACAGACGUUACCCACUCCUUUGUCAUGAUAUACAGGCUUACUCGCUCCUUUGUCGUGAUAUACAGACAUUACCCGCUCCUUUGUCGUGAUAUACAGACAUUACCCGCUCCUUUGUCGUGAUAUACAGACGUUAAGUGUUCCUUUGUCAUGAUAUAUAGACUUUACCCGUUCCUUUGUCAUGAUAUACAGACGUUACUUGCUCCCAUGUCAUGAUAUACAGACGUUACUCGCUCCUUUGUCGUGAUAUACAGGCGUUACUCGCUCCUUUGUCGUGAUAUACAGGCCCUUUCCUAGUCUUUAUUAUACAGGUGGGAUUUGAGCUAGACAUAAAAUAUCACUUUUAUGGGGGUUGCCGAUGUAUCAUGUCCAAGGAUAAGGUAGGGUCAGGUUUGUCAGGCUAAUAUUGUUUAUGGUGAUGCAUAAUUGGAAUAAUAUAAUAAUAAAUAUGCAAAGGGAAAAGAUGUGUAUAACUUGAUAUUGAUAAAUUAUAUAAAAUAUCAGAUUUACUUACAAGUAAUUGUAACAUUUGUAAGAUGAACUGGGACAAGUAUCAAUAAAAGCACUGGCCUAGGUCACAGAAGUUUGUGUUAUUAAGACCAACGGCCUUGUUUAUAACACUUUAAAACUAUUGUUAGAAUGACUUGUGACAAGGGUUUAUCUUGAUAAACUUUACAGUUAUCAGUGUAUAAUCUUAUAAUAAGAAGAAAAAAACACACAGAGAUAUAUAGAUAUAUAAUACUCAUGAGAACUGACAUUUGAAAGUUUUGCUAAUACCUUGUUGUUGAUGUCUAAUAUAAUUUUUUGAAUAAUUUUGAUUGGUGGAAAAGUAAAGUCUUGUAAGUUUCCUGUAAAUUCAUGUUAUUUAUGACUUAAAUUGAAGGCAAAUAUUUUGGGAGAAAGUAAGCUUUAAGAAUUCCAUAGUCUUCCUUCCUUAUCAUUCUUUAGACAAUUUUUACUGCUGUCUUUGAAGUUUUUGUAAAAAAGGUGUCAGAAUUUUAACGGAUCUGUCAUGUCUUUGUUGUUUCUGAAAAAUGAGUUUUUUCUUAAAAUUACUUAUCUGCUGAAUUCUUUUUUCUCUUAAACAUAGAUUGUGAAGGAACUUGAAAAUGAAAGCCAAAUGGCAAAAAUAUUUUAAAAACAUUUUUGUUUUGCAAAAAAAAUGGAGUGAAGUAAAGAUAUUUUCUUAUGUAAGAGAAAGUUAUUGAAACAAUUGUAACAAAAAAUAUUAAUUGUAAGCUUUUUGAGCCCAGGGCCCUGUUUCUCUAAAAAAUCUUACAACUGUUUUUGGAACUGGGCCUAUCAUUCUUGAGACAGAAAUUAAUCAGAAGAUUUCUUGAGGAGAGGGCCCUUGUAUAUUAAUUGUAUAUUUUGAAGCGUAUUAUAAAAAGAAAGCUUACAGCUCAUGGCCUUGUUCUUCAAAAAAUCUUGCGAUCAAUUUUGUCACAAGUGAGCCGUAUCUGAUGUAAAAUUCCACCGAUACAACAAGUUCUUAUCGUAAGUUUUUUGAGAAACAGGCUCCUAAAGUCUGAUAUUUAUUUUUGUACGAUAUUGUUAUACCCAAUAGGGUUUGUUUCUUUUUUAGUAUUUUAUAACUGUCUGUUUCUAAACUCUGUUUCUUUACCUCGUUUAAUAAGAACACUACUUAAACAAUAAAAUCUUCAAAAAAAAAGCUGUGUAGACAAAUCCAUAAAUAACAAGAAACAUUUAAGCUAGCUCACAGAGAAGUGACAAAUUCAAAAGAUGUAAAUAAAUAUUAUUAACUAUGUGGACUCUCUGAAAGAGCUGUAAUUUUGAAAAACGAAGAUAACCAGAAAUAUUGUUAGCUUCAUAAUAUGCUCUCUGAAAGGUGAAUACAAAGUUUCCCAUUUAUAAGCUAUAUGGAUUGUUUGAGACAUACUAAACUAAUAAACCCAAAAUAACAAAUAAGCAUUAUAAGCCUUAUUGACGUUCUGAAUGAAAUGCUAAAAUGAAAAACUUGAAAGUGUACAUACUAAGUAUGAUUAACCUCCAAAAGGGUGUUAAAAAGACUAUUCUUUUUUGAUUUCCAAACUGUCAAACAAAACUUUGUGUUGGUACUAGCCAGCAGUUGUUUCUGGUUUGAAAAUAAAAAUGGAUGGCUUUGUAACAAAUAUUAUUCCUCCGUUUAGAUUUGAUUCAUUUGAAAUGAUGAGUUUUAUUUUGUUUAAUUGCCAGUAUUUCGUUAAUAAAAGAUACAUUUUGU